AUGUGGGUGAAUUGCAUUUUGAGGUCUGGGUUGCUGUUUGUCACUCUGUCUCUUGCCAUUGCCAAGCACAAGCAAACUUCCUUCACCAAAAGUUGCUGCUUAAAGGGAACCUUGAUCCAAGCUGUGGACAGCCUCUUCGUCAAGAUGGUGUGGAUCAAAGCCACAGUUCCAGAAGAACACAUCAAAAAUAUAAAAUUAUUAAAAAAGAAAACAAAAAAGCUGUUUAUGAGAAAUUGCAGAUUUCAAGAACAGCUUUUGUCCUUUUUGGUGGAAGAUGUUUUUGGACACCUCCAAUUACAAGUUGGCAAGGAAGUACACUUUGUGGAAGACUUCCAUAGCCUUAGGCAGAAAUUGAGUCACUGUAUUUCCUGUCCUUCACCUGCGAGAGAAAUAAAAUCCAUCACCAGGAUAAAAAGAACAUUUUAUAGGAUUGGAAAUAAAGGAAUGUACAAAGCCAUCAGUGAACUGGAAAUCCUCAACUGGAUUAGAAACUUCCUGGAAAGUCUUAUAUUUUGA